AUGCUGUGUAGGCACGUUCGUAGAACAGCCGUCGCCGCGGGCAGAAGAGCGCUGUCGUCGGCACCGCCCAUUCCGCCGAACGAGCUGCGGCUGCUACAGCAGGUCUCGCGGCUCGAGAGCCGCGUGCACGAGCUCGAGGAGGCGCUGCCAGCGCGAGUGCAGCCGGCGCGGAUCACAAACUGGGAUGAGCUCGGGUUCGGGAUCACGCCGACGAACGGCCACGUGCGCUACACCUGGUCGGCCAAGACCUCGGCGUGGGAUGCCGGCCGCUUCAUCACGGACCCAUACAUCAACCUGCACGUGCAUGCGGGCGUCCUGCACUAUGGCAUGACGCUCUUCGAGGGGUGCAAGGCGUUUCGCUGCAAGGACGGCAAGGUGCGCGUGUGUAACCUCGGUGCGAACGCGGCGCGGCUACAGCGCGGCGCCAACCGCCUCGUCAUGGCGCCGGUGCCGUCGAAGCUCUUUGUUGAGGCGGUGCACUGGGCGGUGCGCGCAAACGCGGAGUACGUGCCUCCGUACGGCUCGGGCGGCUCGCUCUACAUCCGGCCGUUCCUGAUCGGCUCGUCGCCCGUCCUCGGGCUGCAGCCCUGCUCCGAGUUCUCCUUCCUCGUCUCGGUCAUCCCGGUGGGCAACUACUUUGGGAAGGGCCCGAUCCAGGGGAUCGACGCCAAGAUCAUGACCGAGUUCGACCGCGCGGCGCCAAAGGGGACGGGCGACGUCAAGGCGGGGGGCAACUACGCGGCCGACCUGCUGCCGCUCAAGCACGCCAAGAGCGAGGGCUACGGCACCACCCUCUACCUCGACUCGAGCGAGCACAAGUACGUCGAGGAGUUUUCCGUCUCCAACCUGCUCGGCAUUGACAAAGACGGAAAGUACGUCACGCCGCGCACGAGCUCGAUCCUGCCCUCCAUCACGAACGAGAUGCUCAUGGCGAUCGCCGAGGAUCGGGGCAUCCCCGUCGAGCAGCGCCCGCUCGAGUGGGGCGAGCUCAAGACCUUCAGCGAGGUUGGCGCGUGCGGCACCGCCACCGUCGUCGCGCCGAUCCGGUCCAUCACCGACGUCGAGCGCAAGUACGAGUUCGGCGGCUUCGAGACGCUCAACCAGCUGCGCGAGGGGCUGCAGUCGGUGCAGCACGGCGAGGCGGAGGACAAGUGGGGCUGGAUGGUGGAGGUGGCGUGCUGA